AUGGACACCUACUGCGCUGAGGUCUGCAAACUCGAGGCACACUUCAAAAGUCUUGAAUUCCAUCACAUCCACAGGGAACACAACGUCGCCGCCGAUGUCCUGUCCAAGCUCAACUCGAAGCGCGCCCAGGUCCCAGCCAGCAUGUUCAUCCAGGACUUAAGGAAACCCUCCAUCAAGAUCCUGGACCCAAACCAAGCUGACAGCAAUGCCCAACCUCAGGCCGACUUAGCGUCUACUGAUGUCCUCAUAAUCCAGGUGGAGGAAGACUGGCAAGCACCCUUUAUUGCAUUCAUCACUGACAACAUGUCCCCUGAGGAUAAAGCCGAGCACAAAAAACUAGCAAGACGUAGCACCAACUACAUUGUAAUUAGUAAGGAAUUGUAUAGGAAGGCCACAUCUACCGGCAUCCUGAUGAAGUGCAUCCUCCGCAACGAAGGCAUCAAACUCCUCCAUGAAAUCCACUCGGGUUCGUGCGGGAACCAUGCCACCUUGGGCAGCUAG